UGCAACCACAGGUCAGAGCCUCAGAGGCUCAGAGCAGCGGCGGUAACACCAGCAUCUUCUUCCCGGAGCGGUGUGUAAGAAGCACAGCAGAAGGAAACGUGUCUGAAGUUCUAAGUGAUAGAACGAGUUCGCAGCGUCUGGUUCUUGUUCGCGUCUAGUCGCGCUGGAACUUUCUUCCCGCGGGAUGAGAGGAGGAAGCAGCGGCGCCUCUGCUCUUCAUGGUGUGGGACACCGGUAGCUGCUGAGUGAGCGUGAACCCGCCGUGAGCAGCGGACUGCGGCUGGCAGCAGCAGCAGCAGCAGGACGGGCUUCGCGGUCUCGGGUGUCGCUCCCGCUCCCUGUGUCGGUUUGACAAAGCCGGUGACUGAUGUAGAAACCGAUACUGUGGAGCCAAACAUGAUCUCGGUGUUUUUCCCCCUGAAGAAGCUGCGGCGGAACAGCAAAUGCCUGCUGUUCUCUGCCAUCCUGCUGGUCUGUGCUGUCGCCGUCUACAACGAGAUGUACGCCGCUAGAGCCUGGAGCAGUGAUCCGAGUAUGAAUGCAGCAGUUGACGAGAACAGCUGGAGGAGAGCAAUGUUUGACCAAUGGUUCAGGAAGGACCAAGUUAACUACAUGGAGGAUUCAGCUGCUUGGGCGUCAAGCUAUACUCCACAAACCUGGAAACCAGAGUAUAAAGGACAGGCCAACCUGCAUGUCUUUGAGGACUGGUGUGGUGGUUCCAUAGCCGGGCUCCGCAAGAACCUGCACUACCCGCUGUAUCCUCACACCAGGACUACAGUGCAGAAACUUGCUGUCUCACCUCAAUGGACGAACUAUGGGCUCAGAAUCUUUGGUUAUUUGCAUCCAUAUAUUGACGGAGACUUUGCUUUUGCUUUGAGCUCUGAUGAUAACUCUGAAUUUUGGCUCAGCUCUGAUGACUCUCCCCUUAAUGUGCAGUUAUUGGCCUGGGUUGGAAAGACUGGCACAGAGUGGACAGCCCCCGGCGAGUUUGAUAAAUACAGUACUCAGACUUCCAGACAAGUUUGGCUUUCAGCUCAGAGGCGCUACUUUUUUGAAGUCAUUCACAAGCAGGACCAUAAAGGGACAGACCACGUGGAGGUGGCAUGGCAGUUUCAUGGCUUCGAUUUCAUGGUUAUUGAAUCCAGGCACAUGUCCCUCUAUGUCAAUGAGUCAACAUUUUCGAUGAGUGAUGUUACCCACAUACCACAGACGGCUGCAAGUCACCAGAUCACGCCCCCAAAACAACACAGUGCUACAGUCGACAUGCUGAGGAAAGACCUGCGAGACACGCUUUACCAAGUGCCUUUGAUCAACAGCAAGUUCCUACAGGGGGUUCUGCCUGACUGUGUGUACAAACCCAGCUACACAAUCAAAGACUUUCCUCUGCUGCGCUACCAAGGACUCAAGUUUGUGCACAUGUCCUACAUCUACCCCAACGACUACACCCGACUCACACACAUGGAGUCAGAGAGCAGCUGCUUCUACCCGGAGAGCAACUUCUACUUUAAGAUGUAUGGUUUCUCUGAAUACAUGAGACUUGAUCAUCCUGAUAUGAAUGGAAACGGAAUCUCUGAUUUUGACUUCCAGCAGAAGUUAGUCAUGCAUGAAGACGAUGAUUUUGAUGACAACAAUGAGAGGGAAAGGGAAUCCAGGCGUGACCAGAACAACAAUGCACUUUUUCCUGACUACGGAGAUGAUUUUGACGACUACAGUCAGAAACGCACACGUAAACUCUUCUCUGUACCCGUGCAGGAAGUUAACAACAUGCCAAACUCCUCUAACACAAGACUGCACAUGGGUAAAGUGAAGAUGAGACAAAAGAAAUAUAAUGUGCCACAGGCUCAGACUGAGAAACCAGAGACACCUCUGCCAACACAAGCCUCGAAACAUCACCUGGAACAAAAGAAGGGCCUGGGUAAAAAAGUUCAACAGGUGAAACCUGAGGGAAAGCGACUGCCUGAGAGACAAAAGAGAAAAUCAGCAGCAAAAAAAAGGCAGCGUAGGAAAAGUGAUCUAAUACAGCUUAAAGCACAGGAGCGACCUGUCGUUCCAACAGAGCAGCUCAUCACUAAAAAACAUCCCAUUCAGAGGUCUCGUUCACUGAAUCAAACCAGAAUCCAGAGACGCAAAGCCUCAAAGAAACCCACUGUGACCAAGCAGCAGAGGAUUGUAACUGCACAAGUGGAACAUCACCCAGACACGAGGAAGCAUGUUACCGCUCCUAAAAGAGACAUCAUCCCACCUUUAGUGCGGUUAGAUCAGAGAGACCCCUUUAUCAGAAAACACCUCAGGGAAAAGGAGAUGAAGAUGAUGGUGAAGCCUCAGGAUGUAGAUAAUGACAUCGACGGGCCUCAAAUGGUCACCACAAAGACUGACGGUGAUUGGUCAGAUACGAGGGGACAGGAGGACAUGCUGAUGAACGAGGACAGAGGAGAUGACCUGGCCGGGAAGCAGAUGUACAACAGAGACUCAGACUCUCUGUGGCAACCACAAGAGGACUCUGAAGGCACCGACAAUGAGGAUUUUACUCCUGCACCAGUGUUUGAUGCCGAGGUGAAGUGGAGCCAAACCUUCCAGUUCAAUCACCUGGACAUUCAGGCUCAGCGCUCGGACCGGAUAGACCUGCACUGCAACAUCUCCGGCAACCUGCUGCUCCACUCCAGUGAUACCCUGCCGGUGGUCGAGGCCUUCAUGGAGCAACUCAACAAAAAGCAUAAUGGGCGCUUCGCCUUGGAGCGUGUGGUCAACGUGGUGAAACGUGUGGAUAAAGUGCUGGGAAAUCGUUACCUUCUGGAGCUGCUUCUGAGAGACGGGGUGAGCGGCCAGCUGCUGCGUCUGUCCAAGUACGUCUACGUUCUGAUCCGCCUGAGAGGGCCACGCCACUGGGACCGUGGUUUCCAAAACCAGCAGUCUGACACUGUGCUGAGUAACCCGGUGGGCUUCCGCUGGAACCCCGAUGCCACUGUCCACUUCAUAAUACCAGUGAAAAACCAGGGUCGAUGGGUCAGGACGCUGAUCGAUUACAUGGAGAAACUGUUCAGAGAAACUGGGGACACCAACUUCAACCUCAUCAUCACGGACUACGACAGCACUGACAUGGACGUGAGGAAGGCUCUGCAGAAAUCUUCACUCCCCAGGUAUCAGUAUGUGAGGCUGACUGGAGAUUUUGAACGCUCUGCUGGUCUGCAAGCAGGAGUCGACCUUAUAAAUGACGACCACAGCAUUGUGUUUCUGUGUGACCUCCACAUCAACUUCCCUUCCUCGAUCAUUGACACCAUCAGGAAACACUGUGUGGAGGGAUACAUGGCCUUCGCUCCCAUAAUAAUGAGACUGGACUGUGGGGCGACACCACUGGAUCCCAGAGGUUACUGGGAGGUGAACGGCUUUGGCCUUCUUGGAAUUUAUAAGUCGGAUCUGAAUGCAGUGGGAGGAAUGAACACCAAAGAAUUCAAAAAGCAGUGGGGAGGAGAAGACUGGGAGCUCCUGGACAGGAUCCUUCAGGCAGGACUGGAGGUGGAGAGGAUCUACUUGAGAAACUUCUUCCAUCACUUUCACUCCCGCCGUGGCAUGUGGAACCGGCGUAUCCCGCCUUCGCCCAGCCACAGGUGACCUCACAAAAAUGACAUCACUACAGUUACAACCAGAGCACUUUACAGCUGAAUCAUGGAAACUGCUGUUACACCUGCUGACUGACAGGAAGUGACAUACCAGAGGUGCAGAUACCGCGCGAGUUCACGCAAACGUCGCAGAGCAGCGACACCUCAAGGAGCCGCAGUGAAAUACAGCAAUAUGGAGAUUCUACUGAUUCUACACUCCUGAGUUUGUUUCGCUGGAUGUUCUAUUGACUACUGAGACGGUACUGGCUGGUGCCACUGACUGUGUGAUAUUUAUAUGAAGGUACUGCUGUGCACCGUGUUACUGACUGCAAUGAUGAUGAUGAUCUGCACUACUGCCCGACCGACCACAGACGCGACACAAAUGAAACGGCAGCGCUCGCAUAAACCCAAGUGUCUUACAUCACAACUGUCUCAAGUUUUGCACAUUUCGGAUUGUUCUUAACUGGACGGAGAGAAAAUAGUUUUAUUUGUGACAAAAAGGAAAUGUCCUGUUUGUAUUUGACUGGAGGGCCUGUAGAGAGUAAACGCAGCUUCACUUUGACGUGAUUUAAAUGAGAGGAAAUAUGGAAUAUUUAUUGCAUCAAUGUCUGUGGGAUUUUCUUCAUGGAUGUUUGUUCUUGUUAUUACUCAAAAACGAGCCCCGACUAUUCUGAAUCAUGUACCUCAAGUUGCCUGUUGAUUGUUGUCGCCCGUGUUUAACGUGCCUUCUGCUGUUGUUGUUGUUGUUGUAUUUGUAUUUAUUCAGGUACCGAAUUCAGGAAAAAAAGCUUUAAAGUGGUGAAAAUAUUUUGGCAAGAAAAGGGAAUCAUAGUCAAAUGUUGUGUUUCACAAUGCAUCACAGACAGUGAUAUAGACUGUAUUUAAUAGAAAGCUGAUUGUUGCCUGUUCUCUGUGCAUCACCACUUACCGAAGACAAUAGGUUUAUGUUUAACAUGCAGCUUAUUAAAUAUGUAAAUAUGGCAUUAGUCCAGGCGUAGUUUUACUGUCAUUGAUCUGCUGGCUCCAUUGAAUUGUUGUGGAUCAUAAAAAUA